ACUUCAUUCAAGUUUUUAUACCACAUGAUGGACUAAAGGCUUUUGGGUAUGCCAGUGGUUCUCAAUCCAGGGGUCCCCAGGCGGUACCUGGCCUAUCUACAGGGGGUACCUGGCCUAUCUACAGGGGGUACCUGGCCUAUCUACAGGGGGUACCUGGCCUAUCUACAGGGGGUACCUGGUCUAUCUACAGGGGGUACCUGGUCUAUCUACAGGGGGUAGCUGGUCUAUCUUCAGGGGGUACCUGAUCUAUCUACAGGGGGUACCUGGUCUAUCUACAGGGGGUAGCUGGCCUAUCUACAGGGGGUACCUGGUCUAUCUACAGGGGGUAGCUGGUCUAUCUACAGGGGGUACCUUGGAUGACUCAUAAGAACAUAGUCCUAAUGCGAAAGGGUACUUCGGUGAAGAGCAAAAUGUGAUUGGUGGUAGCUAGUAACCAGGAACGGUGUAGAACAGCAGGUCAAAUGCUCUGUAUAGAUGUGGGUAUUUAUUUAAGUCUUCUAUUGUGUCGUGCAGGAUGUGUUGAAGAAAGACAAGUGGAAGAUUGACAGCUUCUUCAAGAACGGGAUCAGCUGUCGUCUACCGUUGGACCCUGCUGUCCUCGUGAAGGGAGUUCAUUUGGAGGCCUGUAAAUUCUAUAAGUCCCACGCUGCUCCUCUGGGAAUCUCCUUCAUCAACACAGAUCCUCUGGGCAGGAAAAUCUCUGUCAUCUGCAAGACAGGGGGUAACCUGCGGCAGGACAUGCUGGUGCUGCAGAUCGUGCGUGUGAUGGACAAGGUUUGGCUGCAGGAGGGACUGGACAUGAGGAUGGUUACCUAUAGGUGUAUCUCUACUGGGCGAGACCAGGGUCUGGUGGAGGUGGUGCCAGAGGCAGUGACCCUGGGUAAGAUCCAGCAGGAGUGGGGUCUGGGUGGGGCGCUGAGAGAGGACACCCUGGAGAAGUGGUUCCACAUGUGGAACAAGACUGAGGAGGAUUAUGAGGAGGCUGUGAUGAAUUUCCUCCACUCCUGUGCUGGCUGGUGUGUAGCGACCUUCAUCCUGGGUAUCUGUGACCGCCACAACGACAACAUCAUGUUGAAACACAGCGGUCACAUGUUCCACAUCGACUUCGGCAAGAUUAUGGGCAAUGCACAGAAGUUCGCCAGCAUCAAAAGGGACCGGACUCCAUUCAUCUUCACCUCAGAGAUGCAACACUUCAUCACCGGCGGGGGUCAGAAACCCCAGAGGUUUCAUCGCUUCGUAGAGCUCUGCUGUGAAGCCUACAACAGCAUCCGACGACGCACCGCUCUGGUGCUCAGCCUACUGCAGCUGAUGCUGGGUGCAGGUAUGCCGGAGCUGAAUGACAUCCAGGACCUGCAGUAUGUUCAGAACAACCUGAAACCUCAGGACUCUAAGAUGGAGGCCACGUCCUACUUCACCAAGAAGAUCAAGGAGAGCAUGGGCAGUUUCCCGGUCAAGCUCAACUUCCUGAUCCACACCAUGGUCCAGUCCUCUGGGAAGAAGCUGGCGCCACCCAGCCCUUCUCAGAACACCUCCCCCAACACCAACAUCCAGGAAGCUGUCAUACAGAAGUACACCAUGAAGGGCAAGGAUGUGACUUACGAGUUGAGGGUGACCAUUGAAGACGGCUAUCUGAUCAGCGAGAAGACGUUCGGUCAGUUUGAGCUGAUCCACAAAGAGCUGAAGAAACACUUCAUAGAGUCUACGCUUCCACAAUUCCCCAAAUGGUUCAAGAUGUCGUUCACUCCAGGCAGAAAAAUGUCCCUGCUGAAUAAGUAUCUGAAGGAACUGUUCGAAGGACCAUGUAAAGGCAAUGAGUAUGUGUGCUGUUUGUUUCUGGAUGGACCCAAGACCAGGACUCCCAACUCUGUGAAAUCAGACAGAGACGGUGGACCCCAGAUUCAACUCUACAUUUCCUACAACGACCACAAGCUCUCUGUCCUGGUCAAACACCUCAAGAACAUUAAGUUGGCCAAUGGUUCGUGUCCAGAUGCCUAUGUGGUCACCAGGCUGAAGCCAGACCCCCUCAAAAGAUCCAAGAGGAAGACCAAGGUGGUCCGUAACAACCACAACCCUACCUUCAAUGAACUGAUAGAGUACCGUGACAUGUCGUCCGUGCAAGACCGGGAGUUAGAGGUGACAGUGAAGUGCAGGAGGGUCUUUGUGGCCUCAGCCAACGUCAGACUGGAACAGAACAACAUGGACAAAGAGGAGUGGUUCCUACUGGACAAUCGGGUGCCUAGUGCCUUUUUAUUAGGGCGCAUCGCAGCAUAGCUUUUUACAACAUUGCACAGUGGUUCCUACUGGGAAAUCUGAUGCCUAGUGCGGAAACCCGAAGAUGAGCGUUUCUUAUUGGACAAAAUCCAAGUAGCACUGUCCCUCCCUGUUUCACUCAGUUUGAAAAACGUUUGGGAAAAAAAAAAAAGAAGCGUCUUUCAUUGGGCAAGAACAGGUAGUACCUCAUUCCGUUUCAAAAUGUUUUCUCCCUACUGAACACCAUUCUGGAGAGGUGAUGUGAUGCCAGCCUACCACCAAUAGAUGGCAGUGUUGUACAGGAACCUCCAUGGAGCGUGGAAGGAUUUUUUUAUCCUGAGAACUUGUCUGUUCUAUUGGCACUGAUCUGGGAUCUUUUUAACAAUCCUCAUCUAAUCCAGAACUCUACCAUGAGGGAAGUAAAAACUCAACCCUAGAUCAGCAUCUAAGGAGAUUUCUACAACGGGUUGGUCAAAACAAGCAUUGUGAUUGGUUGAGACGUGUUCUAAGCCAUACUAAGAAACCUGUUUAGCACAGGCACAUCUACGAUGCAAAAAUGGGCGUCUUUGUUUUCUGUUUAAUCUGAGAAACCUUUCAGCAUCCAUUUCCGUUGAGGGAUGAAAUAGUAGCCUAUGAAUACAUUUAUCAAAAUUAUGUUUUUCAUUGAAUUUGGUAACCCGUUGUAGAAAAGCAAUUGCACACUCGAGGUUGUGCAAAACAACUUGUUUUAGCAUGCCUUCUCAUGUGCAACUACAUAUACAUAUAGACGAGUCAACAUCCUGCUCCUUCAUAUAGACGAGUCAACAUCCUGCUCCUUUAUAUAGACGAGUCAACAUCCUGCUCCUUCAUAUAGACGAGUCAACAUCCUGCUCCUUCAUAUAGACGAGUCAACAUCCUGCUCCUUCAUAUAGACGAGUCAACAUCCUGCUCCUUCCUAUAGACGAGUCAACAUCCUGCUCCUUCAUAUAGACGAG